CUGCUUGCACCCUUUGUAGUUCCUACGUACGCGUGUUGGCGCAUGACAGAAUCUAGCGAAGCUCGACGAGAUUCGUAGUAGUCGGUUGGAGACCGGCCGACUCUUUGACCCGAUCAGACAUGUGUUGAGAUCAAUGCGAGAGACGACGCAAUGGUCAAUGGCUUUGUUUAGCCCUGCCCAUCGUCUCCAGUUUCUGCCUUUCGCUGUUGAUACACGUGAUCUUUGUUCUUGCAGGCUGUCCUAAAUUGGCUGUAGCUCUUUUGGUGCUUACCGUGAUAGUACAGUGAUAAAACAUUAGUUUGCUAAACGUACAAAUAGGUGGCGCUUUAUGUUUGAAUUCGAAGACAAAUUUUAUAUAGUGUUUAGAAUCAGCCAUGUCUAACGUCCAAUACGAAGCAUUUAUUUGUAGUGCCUUUGCCUAGAGACGAGCCGCAGUUGACGAGCGGCUCCACUCUCAUACACUGCGUUAAGACCCGAAAUAUUUGAUGUCGGCAAAAGUCAAAAUGGGACCCAGGAAUUACCUAGCUACCUUCCUUUUGACUUAACCGUAUAAUGCGUGUAUAAAUGGUAGACAGCGUCGUGACGAUUUCUUCAGCAAUAACUGCAAUCGACUAUCUUUCUGCACUGAAGGCACAACUAUUCUAUGCGUCUAACGAUCUAGGCCAGCCUCAUUCAGUGUUAUGUUUACCAUUAACGUUUGAGGCUCCGAUCGAGCUGUCUCUCGUAGAUUGCUGUACUUCAGUGAGGGUUGUAAUCAAAAGCGCGUCAUCGUAACACGAGUGUGCGCCGGCCUAACCAAAACAAACAUCGAUUGACUUCUUCAUUUUUGCCACUUUAUUUACAGUUUAAUGCAUUCGUCCAGGCACAUGUCUCAGCUAUUAAUUAAUGCAUCUAAUCGUUUCAACACUGGGCAGCAUCGUCGUGGUCGAAAGCAUACGGCAUCAUCGUUCCCUUUUUGAUAACACACUGCUUGCUGUACCUUACAGCCUGUGGAAACUCGUUCUGGACAUAGCGAACUUUUCUACUUUCUUCAAGAUCUGACAAGGUCAAAACGCGACGCACAGAUGCACCUAUUCAUUGGGCGUGCAGCCAUAUCGAGCACGUGACGGAGCAACGGGAUCGAUUCAAGACAAGCAAGUUCUCCGACUCUGUUCGUUUUCAUAACGUGCCUUUGUAACUUAAGCGCUGCAAAAGCAGUGGCAGUAGUAGCAGCAGCAGCAGUGGUAACUGAAAACGUCACGUUAAUUGUUUGCCGUGUGAGUAGGACAUCUGGGCUGACUAUCACGGGCGCCCUGGAGACUACUAGGGACGGCGGCAAUCGCCGUAGCUGAACUGUGCUCGGGACUAAGUCUACACAGUCCAGCAUUUGGUGCAAGUAGUUACCGUUCGCUAGCACGGAGUAGCUACAUCUGAAGAUUUACGAAAUUAUUAAAAAAUUAGGUUCAUGUGUUGUCCACUACAGAAGCAGUCGAGGAAAUUUUACGAUAAACGCCGUAGCGUGUGUCGUAGUUUUUUUUUUUUAAGGUGACAUACGCCGAAGAGUCUGAACUGCUGAACAGACUGGUGGUUAUUUGCAUAAUAUUGUCAUUAGUUCAAGUUUAAAAUGAGUGUACCAGAGGAGAUACAGUUUAAAGAGUCGCAUGAGGCCAAAAAGGAUGAAGUGUCACACUUCAAUUUUGAUGCCAACAAUAGGCCAACGAAGGGAAAACAGAAGUCAGCGCCUUUUUUGAACUUUCUGAAGAUGGGUGUCAACGCCGGACGAGGUGCAGGGGUGAUCUGCGUCGUCGUUGGUGCAUUCUUAGUUGUGUUGGGGGCGGCGGUACUUAUCAACUUCACGGCAACGUUUCAAUUUAUCCUCAGUAGAAAGGUUGUCUUGUCGUCGACAGCUCAAGGCUUUCCCAUAUGGCGAGACGUUUCCGACCAUUUGGAUACAAAAACAGCCUGGUACUUUUUCAAUCUCACCAAUCCCGAAGAGUUUAUGCAGGGUACACAACCCAUUCUGCAAGAAGUCGGACCUUUCUGGUAUAAAACAAUCCUGAAGAAAAUAAAUAUCGAAUUUCUCGAUAAUAAAACAGUAACAUUUGAAGAACACCGGGAGUUUGAGUUUGACGCGGAAAAUUCCGUUCUCCCGAAUACCACACGUAUAACAAUGAUUAACGUUCCUGUCAUGUCGGCCCUUCAGAGACUCAAGCCUUUAGGCUACUUCGCCCGACUAGCGGUGGAUCCGGUUAUUAAAGCCGCAAUUGCAGAUCAGCAACUGACUGCAAACUAUUCCGUUGCUGAGCUAACUUACGACGGAGUGUACAACAACUUAGUAGCACUGUCAAAGAUAAAGGAAGGUUUUCUGGAGGCAAUUUUUGCGCUCAACUCCAAGGAUAACAAAAAAGGAAAGUUUGGAUUCGGUGUUGACAAACAUGAUCCAACGACAUUCAACAUGUUCACUGGCGGAACGGGAGUCAUGGAUCUCAAUCGCAUUUACUCCAUUAACCACAAACACGUGCUUUCCAUGUGGCCGAACAUCGAAAAUACCACAUGCAACAUCGUUGACGGAACCUUCGGGUACCUGCGACCGCCGAUGAAUGAGUCCAAUGAGCAAAAAGUCUAUAUUCCCGAUAUGUGCCGUCCGGUAACAAUUCGCUAUGAGAAAGAUGUUAAUACCAAUGGGAUCCGGCUGCGUCGUUUCAUCCUUGGAAAGGAGAAUUUUUAUAAUCGCGAGGCUGAACCAGCAAAUGCUUGCUAUGAUGAGAUAUAUAGGGAGCCGUCUGGUGUGGCUGAAGCAGGACCGUGCAAGCAAGGUGCUCCAAUUCUACUCUCAAUGCCACAUUUCAUGCACGCCGACCCGUCCUUUUCAGAGAAAGUCAUAGGAAUGAACGCCGACCCUGAACGACAUACAUUUAUCAUGGAUCAUGAACCUAUGACCGGCAUGACUGUAACGGUCCGCGGCAGGCUUCAGGCCAAUUUCCGUGUAACUCAGCUCGACUGCCUGGACGGUGAAAAGCUUCCAGAGCUGCUCAUGCCAUUAUUUUGGCAAGAACUGUAUGUGGAGGCUGGGCCUGGCAUCGUUGCCUUCUUGCAUAAGGUUCUUAGCUACCCCGGACUCGCUAAGAUUGCACUCAUCAUUGUUCUGCUGCUUGGCAUAAUCAUUUCCAUUAUUGGAGCCGGAUUCCUUAUGAAUCAUUCUCGGCGGACGCGUCAAACUGAGCAAUUAAAUCCGACUAAGUACCACAAAAUGGCUACGCAAGAGGCAACGAGGAAGCCCGAACUCGACCAACUCGUCUAAAAAGAGAAUCUCCUGAAGAAAAUGCACCUACCAACACCAGAAUGUCUCGAUGAUCGAGUUAAAAAUUAACAUAGCCAACAAGAUACAAUCAGCUAGGUAGACGUCACUCAACGUUGAGUGUAUGAUAGGAGUUGAAGAGCACCGAAUAACAGAACAACUACAACUAUACCAUUUGCCAAAGACUACUAUAUAAUGAUUUCAAUAACAUAGAAACUGCAGAUAUUCGAAAAGCUUAUGGCUCACAGCAACAGUAGCAGCAAUAGGCUAGACGAUAGUUACAUUAGCAAGAAAAAUAACUAUAUAACAAUAGCAAAGGAAAACCCCCUAAUGAGUCCCUCAGCUGUCGUCUGAUACAACGCAACUCCCGGUCACUCUCGACAAAGCUAACCAAGAACUGGUCUACACAAUCCUUGACAUGACAGCACGCGGGUAAAUAUGCGCUAGGCCUCAACUCUAUAUUGAGCUCUAGGUCAUUCUAGGAAUAUCGUUGUUCGUUGAUGCGUCCAAAAAGAGAGGGCUGAGUCUAAUUUUCAUUGAUCAGCAGCGAUCAGACUAAAUGGCUAUCAGUUAGAUUAGUUACCAUAAUAAAUCACGGGCUGAAAGAGCAUUGUGCUGUAUUUUGUAAUCCGGCUUAGAUGAUGGGAAAUUAUGGGGUAUUAUCCAAUACACAGUGCCUGUUCAAGGACCCAGGGGCAGAACAAAAUGUUGGAUGAGAUCUGUUUAAAGAAUAAAACAAAUCAAAUGAGGAGGAAGCCUUUCAUUGCAAAAAAUGUUGAACUACGUAUAAUUAGCUGUAUCGAAGAAGCUUUUUGUUAAUUGAAGGAUUGCGGUUAAAGUUACACAGUAACUUUAACCGCAAUCCUUACCAGGGGGAAUAGAAGAGGCGCCGACGAAAGCGAACACGCGAAUGUGUGUGUGUGUGCGUAUUAAUCAGUAUUUGUGAAAAAAAUUGGUUCGGGAAAGAAAGAGUAAGAGAGAAAGUUGCCGAAAAACAGCUCCCCCUGAAACUAGGUCCCUCUUUAGGACUGUUUUCGUUUCUCGUUCGAGUAUCCCGUAUGUCAGCGCUAUAUCUGAAUUGACGGGACUGCGGCUACCCUUUAAUAUUGGGCCUUACAUGUCUGCUCAGAUGUUGGAAACGUUCAACAUACUUUUAAAGCCUGACACCAUGAAUACAUUCGGUGGGAUUUUACGUUUCCUUAGAAAGGAUGUGCCAUUGGCUUGAAAUAGAAAGUUACCUUAAAUGUACAAUAAUGAUAUGACUGAGACCCUAAACACGAAGCCUGUAGGUCUAAACUCGUUAAAAUACGUGAAGGCGUAGCAACCAAGUAGCAAUGAUUUAAGCGACGUGAAGUACAUAUCGUAGUUAUUUAAAUAUCUACAAUCUUAGUUCAUGAAUUGACUCACACAUAAAAAGAAACAGAUCGGAUUGAUAUGGAUGAAAGAUUCAUUAUGGUACUGACAGACAGUAACGUUAUUUUAUAUGUUUUAGUAGGUUUGUAGCUUUUAACAGAGUGGUUGCAUUUAAAUUCUUAAUUAAAAGCUGUGCCGACGGAAGUUCGUAGACAAUUAAAUCGUCU